AUGGGAUAUAAUGUAUCGAUUAAUGCAGGAAUAUUAAACCACUUUGGAACAGCAGUUUUGAGAGUGGGUGACACCUUAAUUCGAUCAAGCUUUGGAUUAAUUACCAAUUCAAGGGUCAGGUGCUCCAGUAAACUCAUUUAUCGCGGACGUACUGCAGUGGACUUUUUCAAUCCAGCCCCCUUGCUACUUGGACUCAAAGUUAACCUCAUUAGAGAAAUCUUAUAUGGUCUCGUUGACGAGCUAGCCCAGCUCCCGGAUAAGUAUGUAUCAAAGCAGUUUAAACAAUAGGUUGAACUACACAUGCCUUUUCAUCGGUUCUUAUGCAUAGAUGACGUCGAGUAUAUUCUAUAUUGUCGUGCUUGUGUGCUGUAGUCAGUCCCAAAAUACGUCAAAAUGUUGAUAGAAUAUAAGUCACAAACUCGGCUGCGCCUCUUGUGCCAAUUUUUUGUUCCUGUCAUACUUUGCUAUAAUCUGUAAUUUACUGGUGAACAGGCACUCGGAAACAUAGCAUCUACUCAUUAAAAAUACGUUUUGCGAGAUUGUUUGGCUGCAAGGAUGAUGAAGUGUUGACAGCCUGAGUGGAGCUGGUUCGGGCCAAUCAAGGUAAUUUGGGAUUAUCAACUGAGUUGAUAACGAGAAUUGACCUCCGUAAGGAGUUUAUAUGCUGACGUUUCAAGCAUUAGCCCUUCAUCCAUUCGCUCUGACGAAGGGCUAAUGCUCGAAACGUCAGAUUUUUAACUCUUUACGGUGACUAAUUUAAGUCAUCAACUCAGUUGAUAAUACCAAAUAUCCCUGUUAUAAUCUCACCGACGUAGCACUACAGUUUCUUCAGAAACUUACCUCCUUUAGCCAGAUUCAAGAUAGUUUAGAACGAAGUUUUGUUAAACCAAGGCCAAUUUAAAAAAUAUAUUUAUAUUUAACAAAGAGAACGCUUGAAAGUACUUGUUAUCUAGUUUUUAACUAGGUUUCUCAAAGUCUCACCAAUCCAAGAUUCCUACGUUCAAUAAAAUAGUUAACUAAUUAUGAUGAAAUUUUCUUCCUCAGGAACUUUGUUGACGUCAUAAGAGAACGUGUAAUAAUAGAAGGACCAACUAUUGAUGGUAUUGUUGGCGAUCUUCCGGCAAUAAACAUUCACCGCGGUAGGGAUCACGGCUUACAAACGUUCGUAAAAUUCCGCGAGAUUUGUGGAGCAGGCCCAAGUAAUAACUUUAGUCAACUUCGUAAUACCAUAAAUUGCCCAGAGAUCAUGAAACUGAGACAAGCCUAUGAAAAUGCAAAAGACAUCGAUUUAUUUGUAGGCGGCAUCCUCGAGUUUCCCACUCUUGGAAGCGUGCUAGGUUUUACGUUCACCUGUCUUAUGACCAAGCAGUUUGGACAUCUGCGACAUGGUGAUCGAUUCUGGUAUGAAAGAAAUGACCCUAUUGCCGCAUUCACUCUUCCUCAGCUUGAAGAGAUACGAAAGACGUCAUUGUCCCGAGUAUAUUGUGACAAUACAGACAACGUGAUCUUCAUUCAGAAAAAUGCCUUUAAACUCCGAACUGGUAACAACGGAGACAAUCCUGUAAUCGAUUGUGACUUUAUUCCCAGAGUGAACUUGGAAGUUUUUCGGAGAGGAGGAAGAGCCCAUUGGUAG